AUGUUCGAGGACGAGCCCCACGCCGAGGGGUCGUCGGUGGUCGCAGCGGCCGGGGAGGCGCUGCAGGCCCUGUGCCAGGAGCUGAACCUGGACGAGGGGAGCGCGGCCGAAGCCCUGGACGACUUCACCGCCAUCCGGGGCAACUACAGCCUAGAGGGAGAAGUUAUACACUGGCUAGCAUGCUCAUUAUAUGUUGCAUGUCGCAAAAGCAUUAUUCCCACAGUUGGAAAGGGAAUCAUGGAAGGAAAUUGUGUUUCACUUACUAGAAUUCUACGUUCAGCUAAAUUAAGCUUAAUACAGUUUUUUAGUAAAAUGAAGAAGUGGAUGGACAUGUCAAAUCUGCCACAAGAAUUUCGUGAACGUAUAGAAAGAUUAGAAAGAAACUUUGAGGUGUCUACUGUUAUUUUCAAAAAAUUUGAGCCAAUUUUUUUAGAUGUAUUUCAAAAUCCAUAUGAAGAGCCACCAAAGUUACCACGAAGCAGGAAGCAGAGGAAGAUUCCUUGCAGUGUUAAGGAGCUCUUUAAUUUCUGUUGGACGCUCUUUGUUUAUACUAAGGGUAAUUUUCGUAUGAUUGGAGAUGAUUUAGUAAAUUCUUACCAUUUACUUCUGUGCUGCUUGGAUCUGAUUUUUGCCAAUGCCAUUAUAUGCCCAAAUAAACGAGAUUUGCUAAAUCCAGCAUUUAAAGGUUUACCAUCUGAUUUCCACACUUCCGAUUUUAGUGCUUCUGAAGAGCCACCCUGCAUCAUUGCUGUAUUGUGUGAACUGCAUGAUGGACUUCUAGUAGAAGCAAAAGGAAUAAAGGAGCACUACUUUAAGCCAUACAUUUCAAAACUCUUUGACAGGAAGAUUUUAAAAGGAGACUGCCUCUUGGACCUUUCCAAUUUUACUGAUAAUAGCAAAGCAGUGAACAAGGAAUAUGAAGAAUAUGUUUUAACUGUUGGUGACUUUGAUGAGAGGAUCUUUUUGGGAGCAGAUGCAGAAGAGGAAAUUGGAACUCCUCGAAAGUUCACUGGUGACACCCCAGCAGGGAACUUGACAGCACAGGCUAAUGUGGAGUAUAACCUUCAACAACACUUUCAAAAAAAAACAUCGUUUGCGCCUUCUACCCCACUGACAGGACGGCGAUAUUUACGUGAAAAAGAAGCUGCUAUUACUCCUGUUGCUUCAGCCACUCAAAGUGUGAGUCGGUUGCAGACUAUAGUAGCUGGACUGAAAAAUGCACCAAGUGAACAACUUGUAAACAUUUUUGAAUCUUGUAUGCGUAAUCCUAUGGAAAAUAUCAUGAAAAUAGUGAAAGGAAUAGGAGAGACUUUCUGCCAACAUUAUACUCAAUCAACAGAUGAACAACCAGGAUCUCACAUAGACUUUGCUGUAAAUAGACUAAAGCUUGCAGAAAUUUUAUAUUAUAAAAUAUUAGAGACUGUGAUGGUUCAAGAAACACGAAGACUUCAUGGAAUGGACAUGUCAGUUCUUUUAGAACAAGAUAUAUUUCAUCGUUCCUUGAUGGCCUGUUGUUUGGAAAUUGUGCUUUUUGCCUAUAGCUCACCACGCACUUUUCCCUGGAUUAUUGAAGCUCUCAAUUUGCGACCAUUUUAUUUUUAUAAGGUUAUUGAGGUGGUGAUCCGCUCUGAGGAAGGACUCUCCAGGGACAUGGUAAAACAUCUGAACAGCAUUGAAGAACAGAUUUUGGAAAGUUUAGCAUGGAAUCACAAUUCUGCAUUGUGGGAGGCUCUUCAGGCUUCUGCAAACAAAGUUCCUACUUGUGAAGAAGUUAUAUUUCCAAAUAAUUUUGAAACAGGAAAUGGGGGAAAUGUACAGGGACAUCUUCCCAUGAUGCCAAUGUCUCCUCUAAUGCAUCCAAGAGUCAAAGAAGUUCGAACUGACAGUGGGAGUCUUCGAAGAGAUAUGCAGCCAUUGUCUCCAAUUUCUGUCCAUGAACGCUACAGUUCUCCUACCGCAGGGAGUGCUAAGAGAAGACUUUUUGGGGAAGACCCUCCAAAGGAAAUGCUCUUGGAUAAACUUAUAACAGAAGGAACAAAAUUAAAAAUUGCUCCUUCUUCAAGCAUUGGUGCUGAAAAUAUAUCAAUUUCACCUGGGCAGAGUCUUCUAACAAUGGCCACAACCUUAGUAACAGGGACAACAGGACAUAAAGUUACAGUUCCAUUACAUGGUAUUGCAAAUGAUGCUGGAGAGAUCACACUGAUACCACUUUCUGUGAAUACAACUCAGCCCACAGUUGAGAGUCCUGUGUCACUCACAGCUCAAUCAUUAAUUGAUGUUUCUCCAAAACAUACCCAUCUGACUAAGGCACAAGAGGUACCUCCAACUGGAAUAAACAAACCAAAGAGAACUGGAUCCUUAGCACUGUUUUAUAGAAAGGUCUAUCAUUUAGCAAGUGUUCGCUUACGUGAUUUAUGUUUAAAACUGGAUGUUUCAAAUGAAUUACGGAGGAAGAUAUGGACAUGUUUCGAAUUCACUUUAGUUCACUGCCCUGAUCUAAUGAAAGACAGACAUUUGGAUCAGCUCCUUCUCUGUGCCUUUUACAUUAUGGCAAAGGUAACAAAAGAAGAAAGAACUUUUCAAGAAAUAAUGAAAAGUUAUAGGAACCAGCCCCAAGCUAAUAGUCAUGUCUAUAGAAGUGUACUACUGAAAAGUAUUCCAAGAGAAGUGGCAUACGGUAAAAACAUACAUAGUGAUUUUGAAAUGACAGAUUAUGCAAACUUGGGUGAUGCUGCAAAGACAACUGAAUGUUCCAGUGGACCAGUGAAAGAGGAAAGAGGUGAUCUUAUCAAAUUUUACAAUACAAUAUAUGUAGGAAGAGUGAAGUCAUUUGCAUUGAAAUACGAUUUGUCAAAUCAGGAUCAUGUGAUAGAAGCUCCACCACUCUCUCCUUUUCCACAUAUUAAGCAACAGCCAGGCUCACCACGUCGCGUUUCCCAGCAGCACUCCAUUUAUGUCUCUCCACACAAGAACGGGUCAGGUCUUACACCAAGGAGCGCACUCCUGUAUAAGUUCAGUGGCAGCCCGUCUAAGAGUUUGAAAGAUAUCAACAACAUGAUAAGGCAGGGUGAGCAGAGGACUAAGAAGAGAGCAAUAGCCAUCGAUGGUGAUGCAGAAUCCCCUACCAAACGCCUCUGUCAAGAAAAUGAUGAUGUUUUACUUAAACGAUUACAGGAUGUGGUUAGUGAAAGAGCAAAUCAUUAGUGCUCUUUCUGUUCCUAUGAUAAAAGCACUUUCAGGUUGUCUGCAGGAAGUUGGGGCUCUUAGCCCCAUAGGUGGUAAACAUCACUGGGUUAUAAGAAAAAUUGCACCAAAAUUAAGCGCCUUUUUAAAACAACUAGCCCAGAAUCUAGUUCACAGAAAUAUAUUUUGAGUUGGAUUGGAAAGAGAUAUUUUAAGUGCCUUUUAAAUGUAUUGAUAAUCUUAGAACUUUUAAAUAUUGAUUACUUGGGUUAGUUUUUAAGAUGAAGUAGGAAGAAACCUUAUGAUUUUUUAGCUUACUUUUUAAAAGAAUCAAAUUUUUCUCUGUGCUUUCUUAAUAUGAGUGUAAGUAUGUGUGCUUUGAGAUACUUACAUCCUUCAUUUAAUAUUAAGGGUUGGUUCCCAUAGGACCUGCACCACAGGUGAUGCACCAGGUCUGGUGCAUCUCUGACCCACUGUAGUAAGCCCACAUCCAGACACCACUACCAUUCUGGGUUGUCUAGACCCUACUUCUCAUGCCCUUCCUCUCAUUGAGAGUAAGUGGGUUUAUGCAUCACCGCCACUCUGCUUGCCAACCCCUAAGCCAUCUUAGCCUGAUUACAUGGCCCAGUAAAUGGAUGCUUGCUUGCUUCUUUAAACUACUAGUAUUUUGCUUUCCAAGCUAUUAAUUAUGCAUGAUUAUAUAAUGUAAUUCUCAGAAUUGGAAGCUGCUUCUCAAGUCAGGAAAAUAAAAUCAAAGUAGUAAGAAACUAAAUUUUCUUGUACUUUGGUAACACCUUAAUAAUGGGUGAGAUUCUGUUUUUGAGGUGAUAAGAUCAGUCCUGUCAAUGGCUAAUUUAUUCCCUAAGAAUAAUUAAAACUUUUCUGUAAUCACAGUAGCAUUACCUCAUACUUAGUAAUAUCCUUAAGUAAACUGACUGCUUACUACUUCCUCCUCUUUGUUCUCACUAUUGUUGGUGCAUUGUGAGGUUCCCAUAAUGGUUUAAUCUCUGGGGGGCGGGAGGGCCUAAGAAAUUGUCCAGCAUUAGGGAUACAGCUUUCCAAAAAUCAGGUGUUCAAUAUUCACUUUUUCUAGUGUAUUUCUAGAAACUGGAGGGAAACACACUAAUUUCUUAAUUUUCUUAAUUUUGAGAAAAUGUCCUCAAAUGUUUACUUAACUGUAAACAUUUUUAAAAUGCAAAGUAGUUAAUUUAACCUAUGCCUAGCCAUGGCUAUUUUGAAUUAGUCUAAGUUUUGACUGUAAAUUGGUAAUUACUAUUAUCAGGACUUUUAUAUUUUAAGAAAAAUUAUUUUGGUCAUAUUUCACUCUUCUGAAAAUUACAUACUCAUUUUUUGUGUAGUAUCUACACAUUAUAAGCCAAA